AUGCUUAAAUCACAAUCAACAUCAGUAACAAAUCCAAGAGCAGAUGGUGAACUUUGUCGAAAUGCUUGUGGUUUCUAUGGAAAUAAAAUAUGGGAUGGAUUUUGUAGUAAAUGUUAUCGUGAAGUAUAUCAACAAGCAAGACAAAUUCAAGAAGUGUAUGAUGGAAAAUUAAGUAAUUCAACUUCAGAUGGCACGCCACCAUCAUCUGUUCAAUCAUCUCCAUCAUUUUCAAGUUUUCAAGAAAAACGUCGUACUAAUAUGAAUAUGCGUAAUCCUAUUCGACAAAUGGUUAAUCGAGCUGGUAGUCUUCGAUCAACAAGCAAUUCAGUAAUAUCAUCGUUAAUGAAUGAAGAACAUGUUGUAGAAAAUGAAGCUGCAAGUAAACAUUUAGAUGUAAUGACAACAGAUGAUGCACGUCUUGAUAUUAAAUCUCAAGUAAAAGCUUUUGCAAAUAGUUUUCAUAAAAAAUGUUUGAAUAAAAAUUAUCAAAUUGAUACACUUAUACAAGAUUAUGGAUCAUUUAAAGAUGCAUUAAAAAAACGUUUACAAACAAAUCCAAUAUAUCGAGAUGAAAAUGAAGAUUUAUUUCUUCGUGUUCGUGAUUAUCUUGAAAAAAUAAUUUUUUCACGUGAUUAUUCAUUAAUAUUUAAUCGUAUUGCUAUUGCAUGUGAAGAAAAAGAUUUAUCAAUACAAAAUCGAAUAUCAUCACUUCAUUGGAUAACAGCAACAAUGUUAGAUACAGUACUUAAUGAAAAUAUAACUAUUGCACGUGAAGCUAUUUAUAAAGCUAUUAAUGCUUUAAUUGAACUUGAUUCUAAAACAACACCACAAGGAAAAAUUCAUUCAAUAAUGGAAUGUAAAACAUGUAUUGAAGAAGCAAUACGUGCUAGUAGUAGUAGUAGUGGAAUAAAUGCUGAUAGUUUCCUUCCAGCACUUAUAUUUAUUGUAUUAAAAGCUAAACCACCACGUUUACAUUCAAAUAUACAAUUUUUAAGUCAUUUUUCUCAACCAAGUGGUGAACAACUUUAUUAUUUAGCUAAUCUUGAUUCAGCUGUUCGUUUUAUUGAACUUUUACAAGCUCAACAUCUUGGUUUAUCAUCGGAUGAUUUUUCUUUAUAUAUGCGUGGUGAACCAGUAUUACCAUCAAAAUUUCAUACUUUAUUUGAUUCUUCAUUAUCAAAUGACUCAAAUAAUGAACAAUUACGAAAAAGAUUUAUACUUUAUCAUGAACUUGAUCAUCAUUGUGAAAAAUUUGAUGAAAAUAUUCUUGAUUUUACUCGACGUUUAACACAAACAGUAACUGAUGUACAAGAAUUAUUAAAUGGUACAUAUGCACGUUAUCCAAAUUUUGAAAAAAUUCCACAAUUAAUUGAUAUUGAAAAUAAUGAACAAGUAGAAGAUAUAUCGAAAAAUACAAACAAUGAAAAAGAUAUUAUUGAUAUAUUAGAUGAAUCAACAGCAGAAAAUGAACAAUUACCGGAACCAUUAGCACCUGAAAUAGUACAACAACAAACAAACAAUGAUAAUUGA